AUGAAAUCUGUAAAAACAUUCUGGACCGAUUAUUGCGAAAAGAGUUCAUUGCAUGGUCUCCGGUACGUCGUCCACAAGGAAGCAGCUCCUUGGGAAAGAUUAUUGUGGGCAGUGUUGAUGGCAGUCGCUAGUGUCACUAUACUUGUUCAUCUGUACGCUUCGUGGAAAACUUUCUCGUAUUCGUCGAUGCAAAUCGUAGUGGAUGAUCCUCGAUUUCCCCUUAGCAAAAUCGACUUUCCGGCAGUAACAAUUUGUUCCAUAAACAAAAUUCUUUAUUCGAAGGCUAAAAGAUUGAUUUUAAGUAAAUACGAAAACGAACCAGAAUUGAAAAAAAAAUACGAAAACUCGUUAUACGUUAUGGAAAUUUUACAAUAUCCAUACUAUAAAGAUCUUAUAGACUUCGCUGAAACUAACGCUGUUUUGAUUGAUUUUCCAUCAGAGAAUAUCUCCGAUCUCAUGUUGAAACUUAUGCCCACUGUUGACGAGGUAUUUGAUACGUGUUACUGGAGAGGCACCGGUUUCAAUUGUUCGGAUAUAUUACGACUGCAAAGAACCGAAGAAGGAUUUUGUUAUUCGUUCAACAGCAAGACGUCGGAAAGAAUGGCAAAUGACAGCGAAUUCAACCCACCGAUUGCCAAACCAAACGGCAAGCUGUUACCGCUCAAAAACAAUGUUGCGGGCAAGAUGACCGGACUCGAGUUGAUCAUGAAGAGUUUGAUCACUGAAUACUUUCCGAACGACAAGCGAUCCAAAGGAUAUAACAUCAUGAUACAUACGCCCGAGGACUUCCCAGACAUUUCAAGCAGCUACAAGGUGUACAGCGAACUGAACCAAUCGUCGCGGAUAUCGGUGAGCGUGAGUCACAUACGGGCAGACGAUUCACUACAUCGACUCGACGAAAAGGAUCGUAAAUGUUUCUUUUACGAGACGAGGACGACGAAAACGAAGAACUUCCCGUCGUCCAGGAGCAACGCCGAGACAACUGUUUCAGCGAGUGCCGACUAA